GAUGCUGCUUCCAUAACUCGCAUAAAACUAAUCGCGUUUCCAUUUUCGUUGCUUUUGUAAUCCAUUGGAUAGGACAGCGCCAGCAAAAGCAAGUACGGCGCGUCUCGCUUCGUCUCCCACUCGAUCAGAUCAGCAUCUAACAAGAUCAGCGACUAUAGCAACCACAUAACCAAUUGGUUGCUCCAAUUUGAGUGUUUGUUUAUUGUUGCUGUUGUGUUUUGAGUUCAUAGAACAAUAGCAACCACAAUUUUACACUCAACGAGACUCACACGACCAUUUCCUAAAGCCUUAAAACAAAUUCGAAAUAUGUAAACGAACGCCCAGAAAGACCCACAGUCCAGCAAUUUGAACAUUAAAUUAAGCAAAUUGAAAACACAACAUUGAGUAACAAAUUGAAAUCAGCAUGUCUUCGGCAUUGAUGUCUUGUGUGCGGGAAAACUCUCCCCCGUUGGAACUGGAUAUGAGUGCAUCGGGGCCUUUGUCGUUGCCGGAAGGUAAUAGUAGGACACAUGUACUGUCAGGAGCAGCCACAUCUACGCCCCUUGCUAGCCCCGAAGGGACGCCUGCGACUAAUGAAGGUGGCGAGCCAAAUGCAUCGCCCAAUCCAGAGCAACAACAACAAAAGCGCCGGCGUUUCCAUCCGCUUCGCAAUCUUCGCCGUAUCUUUCGCCGACGCACCAUUAACAACGCCUCAGACAGUGCCGCUGGCGCUAAAGCUGCAGUCACUUGCCAAUCGCCAGGAUCUUGCAGCACUCUGCCACCGCCUGCAAGCAGUUCCAGUGAAAAGAAUUUGCGCAGCGUCACGCUAUCGGUCUCAACAGCGGCAGCCACAUCGGCCUCCUCCCCAGCAUCACCACUCACUCAUCAGCAACUGCAGGAGAGCUAUCAGACCCAAUCGCUGCCCAAGUCCAAGUCUUACGGGGCCCACCGCGAUGAGCUGCUGAACGUAAUCCUGGGAAAAAAGAAGGCGAGCAAGCACAUCCACCACGGGGAGCAAUCGGAGCCACAGCACACUGAAAUGUAUAGCACCACCUACCAUCAGCAACAGCAACAGCCACGCUAUGCGCAACGCCAAUCCCUGGGCGUGGGUGUCUUCCCCGAUGUAAUGGGGCGCAGCUUCUAUGCCGAGCGCCAGCAUUUGCGUAGCGUUGGCGAUUCCUCCCAAGAACUAGACCUGGACAGCAGUGGAAACGAGACGGCGCAGCCCACUGUCGGUGCCUCCAAUGGCGGGGACAUGUGCGAUAGUCAGCGCAGCCUAAGCGAGGGUCGCCUGCUGGACGGGGAUUACACGCGCGAAGUGCUCUCUCAGUCGCAUGACAGCGUCUUUUCAGAAUCAGCCACAGCCAGCAGUCUAUCCAUUGUCCUAAAGGCCGAACUCACAGAUGUGCUGCGCAAGCGGCGCAAUCGGCCUGAUGCGUCUGAUGAGGAUCUCGGAUUGCCGCGCAGCCCGGCGUCACCGCAUCGUCGGGCGGCUACCUCACAGAGUCGCAAUGUUGCCGGUGGCGUGUACCUGCAACGCGGCGGGAUCGGUGCCAGUACUAGCGCUGGUGCCAGCAAUGCUGGCGAAGUGUCUUCUUUAAGCCUGUUGAGCAUGAACAGCACCGAUGGAGAGGAUACCCAGAGUCAGAACCAGAGCCAAGGUCAGAGCAGAUACAACUCGCGAAUAUCGACUAGCUCUUCGAUAUCGACGAGCUCGGACAUACUGCGCAGCCACCACGACGAUGAAGUGGAUGUGGUUGGUUUGGAUCGACACCGGCUUUCGCAUGCGGCCGCCAAACACAAAAUGGCCAUCAGGCCAGCUAAGAAGAAUGUUCCUAGUCGGCAACAUAGGCGAACACUAGAGACUUCAAUACCAGAGGCGAAUGAGGAGCUGCUGAAGUUGGGUCAGGCUCAAGGGCAGGCUGUUAGAAAUGUGCAAGAUGCGGAUUCCAAAGCAAAGACCCGCUCGCUACCACCCGGCGUCAGUGUUAACGACAAGUCGUUCGGCGUUGGCACAAAUAGCGCCACAGUUACAGAAACUAUAAACAGCAGCAGCAAGCGCACCAAGACAAUUGAGGUGGUUAAGAAGGACACCAGCUCCAGUUCCAAUCCCAACAAGACUCACAGCAUCUCCCACACGACCUCAACAAGCAGCAGCAUCAGCAGUUCCAGCAGUCAGCAAACAAACUCGAUUUCAUCCACCUCAGUAAAUGGUGCUUCAUCAAAUAUGUUUGGGCUUCGCGCCCUCACCGCCAAGGCCAAUGCGCUGUUCGAAACCCGUGGCGAAUCAUCGACAGACGACAUGCCAGCAGAAGCAGGGGAGAGCGGCUUCUUGCGCCGACUCAUGCAUCGGAACUCGAAGCGCAGCAUUGCCAGGGCCAAUGAGGGUGUGGAGGAUGUCGACUCAAGUGUGGCCAAGAAGCUGCAAAUCUCUACCUCCUGUCUGGAGGCAACUUCACGGGAACCAGUACUGCUGCCAAACAAAUCACGCAGUGCCACCUCGCAUGAGCAAAACAUUCAGGAAACGCGUCAGAUAAUCAAGCGUGAGAUACAGAAUGAGGGCAGACAUGGACUUAAUGCAAUGGUUAGUAACUUUGGCGUGCAGCCGCAGCAUCCGACAUCGGUCAAGCCCAAGUCCGGUCCAGCUGCUCGUCAGCGCUACAUGCCGCAGGAGCUUGGGUCUCCCAGCAGCACAUUGGAGAAGAAGCCGCCACAGCCUCAGCCUAUGCUAUCGAGUCCUGGCAGCAGCAACAACAGCAUUCUGGACGAGGCAAUCAUCAGUGUGACCAAUUUACUCUCUAAAACCUCGCGUGGUAACGACACAUUCCAGUCCACAACCAUGGUGCGAGAAGUGCAGACGCAAGCGGCAAAACAACAACAUGUGGCCCCCAUUAAGCCGGAGGCUCACUUCGAACGCAAGCCGCGCAUUGUGGGCCUAAGCGCAUUCCAGCAGAAACUCUCGCGCUCCACAGACUCGGUGGGACAACAUUCUAGUUCAUCCAACUCUCUGGAGACAUCUACAGACGAACCUUCUCCCCUGUACUACGAGGAAAAGCAGCGGAAGAUGGUGGAGAAGUCGCGCAGUUUUCGAAACUACCAGGACGAGCGAGAGGCACCCAGUGCUGCCACCGGAGUGCACAACAUGCCCAGUCUGCCAGACCUGUCCAUUAGCUUCCGCGUACCCUCCUACUACAAUGAAUUGGCGCAAUCGAAGGCGCCACAAACAGACCGUUCAUCCAUGUCCCCAAUGUCUCCCAUGUCGCCCAUGUCUCCAGGGGCCAAGUGCGUCUCACUGGGCUUUGAGAUUAAUGAUAACAAGCUGCUGCGUUCUACGCCAGCUAAGGCACGAGCUGAAUCCACGGGUCAGUUGCAAGCAUCUCCACACAAGAAGGGACAUCAAACGACCACAAAGCUGUUGAACGCGACUACUGUGGUGCCAGUUCAGCUGCCGGUGCCAUUAUCGCCUGCACAUAGCACCAACAUAUCUGAGAUAGAGCAAAACAUAGACCUCAUCGUUAAAUCUCCGAUGGUCAGUGUGCUGCGAAAAUCAGCAACAGUGAGCGAAGAGCUGUUGGCACCGUCUAGUGCUCCAGCAACGGCGGCGGUGCCUCCGACACAGCGCCCGAAUGCACUGGAGUUAAAGCAAACAACCUUGCCAACUAAGGACACAACUAGUCCUCUAUCCAAAACGGCCAAGAUAUCGAACAGUCCGCCAGCUUCCCCCAUAAUCAUCGCUGCAGCUCCAAAAGCCUCAAGUGGAAAGUCUAGCCGUCGCAAUUCGAGUAAUGUGGAAACUGUAGAUCAAGAAGAGCCCGGAAAGAGCCAACUUCCUGAGUUCAUGAAGAUCCAAUUAAAUCGGGUCGAUCACGCUCGUCUCCUCAACAAGACUAACCACGUAGUUUUGGCGAAAAACAUGCGUCCUGACUCAACGGAGCGCAGCCAAAGCACUGACGAUCUAAGCAUGCGGUGCCAUAGGGACUCCCAAGAUAACAGCAAACCCACAUCGCCCAAUUCCCCGGCACAGCAUCAACAAUCGACGCCGCAGCCGACGGAGUCGUCAACACACUUUGUAAGUCCACAGUUCGAGGCCAUUGGCAAGCAGCAGCGCGCUGUCAGCGCAAACAGCGUGCGCUCCAGUUAUGAGAGCAGCACGGGUGGCAGCAGCGAGGUCCUUACUCCGCGCACUCCCACCAAGGCAAACUCUCCAAUCACACCGAUGCCAAAGACAGCAGUGGCAAUCCCUUUGCUUGCCGCCACAAAGAUUGUGGAACAGAACAAGGCCAGCUCCGGCAGCAAUCGUUUCUCUUUGGAGGAGCGUAAGCGUUUAUUCCUUGGCGAGGAGAAAUCUCAAUCAGAACGAAAGGUGGCUGAAAUGCGCUUCGAGCGCAAGAAGUCCAUCAAUGAGGAACUGCAGCGUAAAUCGCUGACAUCGACACAAGCCGAGCCACAGUCUCCCUCAGAUCUAGGCGACAGCAAUCACAAUGCGGUGGUGCUGCGAAAGAAAUCAUUUGGCAGUUCCAAUGUCAACGCCAACGCCAUCGUCAAUGGCAAUGGACACGCUCCCACAGGCAACAGUAGCAGCACCAAUGUUGUCAAGGACGAUGCCACGCCCGAGCUUAUGAAAGUCUUUGCACGUCGCUCCCUCAAGGUGAAGGAUGAUGAUGUAAGCGCUCUAGCCCAGAUCAGCAUUAAUGCGGCCAAGGCGCCGAACGUCGUUUCGCCCCCACAGCAACAGAGCAUGGACAGUGACAAGGAGAAUCAGUCGAAUAGCGAGGAGAAGCUGGACAAGCUGACCCCCACUACUGGAACGGAGCGGAACAGCGGCAACAAUCGAAAUUCUGUGGCCGAUUUUCGAAAUCUCAACAAUAAUAACAAUAGCAGUGCGGCCACAGCACCGGGCAUACAAAAACUAUCUUAUUUGCCACCCAUUAAGACCAGCAACGUGCGCAGCUCCAGCAACGCACCCAACACCAACAACAACAACAAUAAUAAUAAUAAUAGCAGCACCAACAACAACAGCACUGGCAACAUGAACGGCAGCGCAAAGGUCGGCCAUGAGCGCUACUCGCUGCAAUUAAAGCGCGAACGCGGCAAUGUGCAAACAAGUUCGACGCCAACACAUCAGCCAACGCAGGCAACAACAGCAACAGCGUCAGCUGCUGCCGCCACCGCCACCGCCACGCCCACCAAGUGCAUUGAACGUUCGGCAACAGUCGGCGAAUUUAAGGGGAUUCAUCAGCGUCGCGCCGAAUGGGAGCAGCGCGCCAAAGAAGCGCUCAAAUAGACUUAUCGACACUGUUAACUAACAGAGUCGUUGCAGACGAGUAACCAGAGUAGCUGAGCCACACCGGCCAUGUCCAUGCAUUAGAAUAACAUAGCUUGCUAUCCAAGUGCUUAUGUCUAGUUCUGUUCCCUAGUUUAUUGUAAGCAGCAGCCGUUUAAGAAUUCUGACAAACGAAGUUCCCAUUAAAGGCUUAACAUUAGACUGUAGAAGCGAAGAGCGCUCGCCGAUGGGUUCCAACGGCUGUGGCCGAUCCAAAGAAAAUUUGAACGUGACACAUAUAUAUACAUAUACUUAUAUAUACACAGAUUUAUAUAUACGUUUGUAAUCAUUAGCAUAUAGAGGACUCAUUAAUAUCUACAUUUCUAAAGCAACAGCAUUCAUUUGUCUGAUUUAUAUAAAACCCUUUGGUUUACGAUUUAAUUAUAUUUGUGCGUUUCGUUCAUUUCAAAA